GCUUUCUCCGUAUCCAAGCAACCUAGGUUUCAUUAAAGACCCAGCCAUCAGCUGGGAAGGUCGUGUUAUAACCUAGGUUAACGUUCGCCCGAGAACAGUUUUUUCCAAUUUACGGGCGCGCUAGUCCGCGCAUUUCAAAUAAAUAUACAGGAACUGACAUUUUAAAUGUAAAUAUUGCUUGAUAUCGAUAACUAAAAAUGUGACUGUGCAUUGUAUAAAUAAUAUUUCUACAUUCAACAAAAUAUGAAUAUUCACAUUAAAAAUAGAGUACGAGAUCUUAUGGAUAUUGGUUAACAUGUUUUAUGUUUACUACAAAGCGAUGAAAACAUUGCAUAAAUAUGUUGUAUUAAGCAAAAGCGCACGUUAAAAAUUGUUAACAAUAUGCACAUAAGAUUUAUACAAGUUUUAUUGUGUGCGUGUUUGUUGUACGUUGAUGGUGUGGUUGCGUGGUUUAAUUUGUUUGUCAGCAGAUCUGAAGGAAAACGGAUAUUGGGUUUGAAUGCGGAGCUGCGGUAUGUGGACAACGGAACAGUCAAUGAUUAUGCGCUUGGAUUUUCCGUCAUGGUUCCAGACUCCAUAUGGGAACUCUAUUUCACCUGGCAGAGCAUAAGAAACGCACCGGUUCCAUAUUCUAUAAACAUUGGCGUGAGCAAUCCUGAAGCCAUGGCGAUUCCUCAACUUAACAUAAGUAGAAAAGGAAGCAUUCCAACCAAUCAGGAAGUAUUCCGAGUAGUACUGCUGUGUACUGGAAAAGUGGACGCUGAAGUUGAAAUAUUUAUGAAUAUGAACUUUUCAAUGCUGCCGCCAUUUCCGGAAACAACUCAACUUGUGUUGAAAAGGAAGAAAAUAUGUCAUAUAAGGAAUGAUACAUCCGGUGAUACUCUUAUGAUUGCAGAUGCUAUGAUAGCUACAGCUGGUUCUCUGUACAUAGCCGUUGGAUGUGCUGUGGGAUUUCUACUAGUUAUGAGUUCCGUAGUUGGUUUAUUUUACAUAAGAAGGCAUAAAGUUAGAAGAUCUGAUGUCAUACAUUACGGUGGCAGUUCUCCAGCUUUAUCAGCGACAACUCAGGGUCAUACAUUCUUGAGGCCAGACACACCGAACAACAACAGUAGUGUUAACAGCUACGCCAGCUUCAAAAGGCUGACUCCAAUCACCACUACAACUACUUGUGUCCCCGUGAAUGAAUUUAAGCCUCUAUGGGACCCCAGGGACAUUUCCGAACAAGUCGCUAAAAUUCGAAUGGACAGAAGGAAAAUUAAUCUCCGGGAGAAAUUGCAGGAAGGAACGUAUGGUCAGAUAUACAGUGCCAUUAUAAGGGAUGAUGAUAUGCUAGUGCCGCACAGCUUACCAGCUUUUGUCAAAACUGUUACAGAUCAAGCAAAUUCCGUUCAAACCUCCCUGUUCAUCAAAGAAGGAAUGAAAAUGCUGGGUUUAAAACACGAAUUCAUCUUGCCUCUGAUUGGUCUCUGUACUGAAGAUCCUUUGCAUCCAAUGCUCGUUUAUCCUUAUACCAACAAGGGAAAUCUCAAACUCUUCCUCCAAAAAUGCUCUGGAGACCACUGCCAUGCUUUGAUGACAAUAGAUUUAGUAUCGAUGGCCAUACAGAUUGUUAAAGCCAUAGAAUAUCUACACGAGAGAGGCAUUAUUCACAGGGAUAUAGCAACAAGGAAUUGUGUGGUAACAGAGAGACUUCGCAUCAAAUUGACGGACAACGCACUUGCGAGAGAUCUGUUUCCAGACGAUUACCAUUGCCUCUGUGACAGUGAGAACAGACCCAUCAAAUGGCUUUCCAUUGAGAGCAUCGUCAAGAACGAAUACACAUACUCCACGGAUGUGUGGGCCUAUGGAGUGACAAUGUGGGAGUUGAUAACUCUAGGACAACAGCCAUAUUUAUCAGUGGACUCAUUUGAAAUGUACUCAGCUCUGAUAGAUGGAUAUAGAUUAGACCAACCGAAAAACUGCCCGGAUGACCUGUAUAAAUUAAUGCGAUACUGUUGGUCAGAUGUGCCACAAAUCAGGCCUUCAGUGAAUGAACUUAUCAGAUCUCUGCAGGAUUUACAUAUGAAACUUGGAAGCUUUAUUUAAGUCUCAGUGAGAUACAGUUUCAAACAUAUUCAGUUUUAUGCCCUUACUGCUAUAUUUUCAUAGAAGACAAGAACAAGUUUAUUUAAUAUCCAAAUAGUAUCUUAAAUGCCAUUUCCAUUACAAAAGCAUUAAAUUCAAUUCAGUCAUAUCCUAUUAAUAGCAUUUUGUUUAUUAUUUGCAAUUCCUAUAUUGUUAAGUAGCUUUGAGAGUAGUAAUUAUUGAAGUAACAUUGAAAAUGAAAAAUCAUCUUAGCUGCAUAUUCGACACAGCAAACAACCUUCACGGUUGCUUUUGUUAAGGCAACUAUGCAGCUAAGAUAAUAUAGUUUUAUAAAGCUUAUGAUUUAAAUAUUGUUAAGCACACACAAUGGUAAUUAACUAAUGUUAACACAGUAUUGCGUACUGUGCAACACUGUUUUAUUUUAUUGUCAAGUUUUAAUGAUCUCGAAUCGAUAAAUGAUUGUCUUUUUUUAGCUUUGAUACACACAAAAAAAUUCUUAUAUUUAUAAAUAUAUCACUUUGUUACAAGUGCCUUAUGCACUUUUUUAAUGAUAAACUUAUGCACUAGUCACUUUAACAAAAUGCUUACAAUAUGUAAUCCUACCACCUCUUAAAUAUGGAAUUACUAAUGUAAUAUUUAUGUCUUAACUUGAUAUUACAAUUUAUUGUUCUAUAAAAGAAAAAAAAAUGAUAAUAUAUUAAAAUUCGUAUAAAAAGUAAAUCAUGAAGCAUUUUAAACAAAAUAAUCUUGUUCUUGUCUUAACAUUAUUGCCUUGUGGCAAGGGCGACCAAGGUGCAUGCUACAUUUUAAAUCUAGUCUCAAUUUGUUACAUGUAUGUGUGUGUGGCUAUGUUUCUAAUAUAAAUACGUAUGAUGUCUUCAAAAUAGCCAAUAUUGUUCAUUUGCAUGUCAAAAAUGUUUUUUUCUAUUCAAUAUAAUGUAUACUUUACAAAUCUUUGUACAUGGAAUUUAGAAAUGAUUUUAGACAGUUAAAAUUUAGAAUUGCA